CACAGGGACGAUCGAAAGUGACGCUCCGAUUAGAAACCCGCUCCUUUAGCGCCGCUAAACCUCGCUGCGGCUCCUCGAUCGCUCGCCGGUGUUGUUUCUUUCCUUCGCGCGUUGACUUGUUUCUUCUACUUGUCGUUGUCGUUGUUGUUGUUGUUGUUUUUUAGCCAUGAGUUCAGAGCCGGGCAGACCUGUGGCGCAGAGACGCGUUGUGACUAAAUCGUAAAAAAAAAAGAACGAAAGAAAGCCUGAAGUAAAUCUUCUCCCACGGACGAGCAUCCUCCGCGCGCCGUCUCCAUUCCCGCCUCCCCCGCCCCCCCCCUUUCCUCCGCGCACCAAGCGACUUGUGGGAUCUCCGGUCCGGAUUCUCCGCUCUCGAGACCAGACCGAGCGAACCGUGACCCGCCGCGCGUUUCCCCCCCCGGAGGAGUCGAAGCACAGCUCAGCCCUGGAUCCAAUACUCCUGCUCAAUGGACAGAGCCUCCUCAGCGGCCAGCAGCGCUACCGACACGCCGUGAACCACUCGUUCUCCCUGGCUGGAGCUCCUCUGGGGGUCUGGAGGAGGAUGGAGCGAGGAGGCGAGAGUCCCGUCACCCAGGACAGUCCAGAGCGGAGGGGAGGCAGCCCGGACCUCAGCGGCCUCCCGCCCCCGGGGAAGAAGGGCCGGCUGGAGCUCAACGGCAGCCCCACCGGGCCGCGCGCACGCCACAACGGAGCGCCGCUGAGGCCCCUGGGAGGCCUGAUGAUUCGGUCUUCUGCGUGGUGGAGCAGUCGGAUGGAGGGAUCCCAGACGGACGGGUGCGAGGGAAGGGAGGAGCACGCCGAGUUCGUGCUGGUCAGGAAGGACAUCCUCUUCUCUCAGCUGGUGGAGACGGCUCUGCUGGCCCUCGGCUACUCCCACAGCUCGGCGGCACAAGCUCACGGCAUCAUCAAGGUGGGACGCUGGAACCCGCUGCCCGUGCACUUCCUGACGGACGCGCCGGAGGCCACGGUCGCCGACAUGCUGAUGGAGGUCUACCACAUGGUCACGCUGCGCAUCCAGCUGCACAGCUUCUCCAAGCUGGAGGACCUGCCCUGCGAGCAGUGGAACCACGCGACGGUCCGCAACGCUCUCAAAGAGCUGCUGAAGGAAAUGAACCAAAGCACUCUGGCCAAAGAGUGUCCUCUGUCACAGAGUAUGAUUUCCUCCAUCGUGAACAGCUCCUACUAUGCGAACGUCUCCACUGCCAAAUGCCAGGAGUUUGGUCGUUGGUACAAGAAGUUCAAGAAAAUCAAAGUAGAUUACCUGGAGAAGAUGUGGUCCGGACGAGAUGCUGCUGACAUCAAAAUUGAGCGAGACAACAUGGCGGACUUCUGCGUGCUGGGCCAGAGAGCUCCUCCCCCUCACCUGGGCGGCCUGUCCCAGCUCGGCCACCUGGGAGGCGGCAGCGGAGGCGGCGGAGGCCCCCUCCUCAAGGCGGGGCCCGGGGACUCGCAGGCGCCCUCCCAGCAGCCGCAGCCUCCCCCGCCCCAGCAACAGCCCUCGCCCCACGGCCCCCACCACCACAGCCCUCCUCUCCGCACGGGCCAGGGGCCUCCUCCUCCUCCUCCGCCGCCGCCGCCGCCCGGCUCCAUGCAGCCGCUGCUGGGCCCCGGCGGGCUGCUCUCCCCUCAGCUCUCCCCGCAGCUGGUGCGCCAGCAGCUCGCCAUGGCCCACCUCAUCAACCAGCAGCUGGCCGUUAGCCGCCUGCUGGCCCAUCAGCACCCGCAGGCCAUCAACCAGCAGUUCCUCAACCACCCGCCGAUCCCUCGGGGUUCGUCCAAAGCCGGCGGCGAGCAUCCGGGGAGCAACCCGUCGGCCGCCGAGGUCUCCUGCGAAAUCUACCAGCAGGUCAGAGACGAGCUGAAGCGAGCUAGUGUCUCCCAGGCCGUGUUCGCCCGUGUGGCUUUCAACCGCACACAGGGGCUGCUGUCGGAGAUCCUGCGGAAGGAGGAGGACCCUCGCACGGCCUCGCAGUCUCUGCUGGUGAACCUGAAAGCCAUGCAGAACUUCCUCAACCUGGCCGAGAGCGAGAGGGACCGGAUCUACCAGGAGGAGAGGGAGCGCACCAUGAACCCCUCGGUGGGGCUCCCCGCCUCCAACUCCUCCAACCCCGGCCCCCCGCGCCUCCUACAGAAAGUGUGGGAGAGGGGCCUGGAUGACCAGAUAACCCCCGAUACCUGGGCCUCCAUCUGGAAGAACAAGACUAAGAUCUCCAGCUCGCCUAAGGCGCCGGGCCCGACCCCCGACCUCCCGCUGAAGCUGGAGUCGCUGGUCCACAUCACGUCGGGCAUCUACGACGAAAUCCAGCAGGAGAUGAAGAGAGCCAAAGUGUCUCAAGCGCUGUUCGCUAAGGUGGCGGCCAACAAGAGCCAGGGCUGGCUGUGUGAGCUGCUCCGGUGGAAGGAGAACCCGAGCCCGGAGAACCGCACCCUGUGGGAGAACCUGUGCACCAUCCGGAGGUUCCUGGCGCUGCCGCAGGCCGACAGAGACCUCUCGUACGAGGAGGAGUCCAGGCACCACCACUCGGAGAGGAUGCACACCGUGCUCCACCUGCCGCAGGACGCGCAGGCACACCACAGGCCGCCCCCGCCCCCCAUGAAGGAGCCCCGGCUGUCCCCGAUGCGCGAGGAGCGGGCGGCGUCCGCCCCGGCCAGCGAGGAGGCGUCGCAGAACGUGGGGCCGGGAGCCGGCGGCGGCCCACCCGGCACCAUCGGCUCCGUCGCCGGGGGCAACAAGAAGCCGCGGUCGCGCACCAAGAUCUCCCUGGAGGCCCUGGGCAUCCUGCAGAGCUUCAUCCAGGACGUCGGCCUGUACCCGGACCAGGAGGCCAUCCACACCCUGUCGGCGCAGCUCGACCUGCCCAAGCACACCAUCAUCAAGUUCUUCCAGAACCAGCGCUACCACGUCAAGCACCACGGCCGCCUCACGGAGCUGGGCGAGGGGGCCGCCGCCAGCGGGGGCGUGGACGUCAGCGAGUACAGAGAGGAGGAGCUGCUCUCGGGCUCCGAGGACCCGGAGUCCAGCGAGGACGGCGCCGAGGAGAUCUACCAGUCCGCGGAGGGGAACGGCGUGGGCCCGCCGGGGGCCAACCAGCACCCGGCCGCCAACAGCUCGGCCCCGGCGUCCUCGGGGAGCAACGCCGCUCCGGAGGACGGCAAGGACAAGGGCCACGGGCGGCCCGGUGGCCCCCCGGGGCCCGGGAGCUCCUCCUCCAGCCCCAGAGAGCAGGCCGACUACCAGAGGUAGAGGACUCGCACCGGAGGGGGGGGGGAGGGGAGAGAAAAUGAAUCGACUGGAGGGUGACGGGCAGGAAGCCAUCGGGCUGAAGACACCCUUAAAUGAUGAAAGACAUCUGUGUGAACACUUGAUGUGAAGUCACCUCAGCAGAAAAGAUCGGUUGUGUAACUGUGAAGGAACGUUAUCCUCCCAGGAAGAACAUUUCCACACUCUCCUUUAACGCGGGUAUUCUAUUCCUCCAAUUCACAAACACAAAAACCCCCAACGCUCCCAAUCAGCUGAUCGAUUCCACCGAUCCGAUUGAAUGGUAGAAAAGCCUCAGGAUGCACGCUGACGCCGACGAUGCUGUUGCCUCGACGACACAAAAAGCGGCCUCGACGUCCGUCUCCAGCAUCGAGCACUUACUGUUCACAAAAAGACACUUUUGGGGAUGUGACGUACUUCCUGCCCCCCCCCCCCCCUUCCCCCCCUCUAGAGACGGUCUAAAACAGCUUGAGGUCUUUUAGAGCCGACUCCGGACACUUUGGCCGGAGGGCGGCGUGGACGGGGUGUGGCGGCGGCGGGGGGGGAGGGGGGGGGAUGGAGGCCUUCGUGAGUAGUGAGGAGCGGCGGAG